AUGGCCGCUAAUAUGCCACAGAUGGGUGGCGGUGGCCAUGUGCGACGGCCACCGCAGCAGCAGCUGUCACAGUUCGUAUAUACGCAGAUGAUGCAGAAUGCCGUCCAGACGAACGGCUGGCAAGAUCAGGUGCAAGUCAACCUCCGCGUUAGCAACGCGAUGAACUUAAUCACCAACUCGUUCCUCGCCAUGCCCACAGUCGACUCACAACAGCUUGUGUCACACGGCUUGACAUUUGAACGAGACGCCUUCAUCAGUUCACAAGAUAAGGCAAAGCUGUUUAAGAGGCGGCAAGCACAUGAGCAGAGCCUUCAGAGUAGCCUCAAUGCUCAAGCCGCGGCCCAGGCCCAGGCACAGAUGCUGAUGAACCAGAACAUGCAAAUGUCGAGGGGGAUGGGACAACCACCACAGGCGGGAUUUCCACACCUCCAGCAGCCGAUGCAGGCCUCACCUAUGCCCCAGCAACCCCAUCCACCCGGCAUGGGCAUGGCAAAUCCGGGCGGCCUGCCCAUGAAUCCGAACCAGCAGGCCAUGCAGGUGGGCGCGGCACAGAUGCGCCCUCAGCUAUCGAUACAUGCUACCAUGGCCAGUUUGUCGCCCCAGGAUAGAGCCAAAGUCUCGCAGUUAGCCGCCGCGAGACUAAACCAAACUCCGGAGCCUCAACGAAAUCAACUCCGAAUGAUACUCCAGCAGAAACUCGGUGCGCAGCAGUUGGCGCAGCUGCAGCAAGACGGUGUCGAUCCCGUCUUGUCCUAUUUCCAGAGCCAGAUCCUUCAGAAUUCGAAGGGACAGGCUGCUGCGGGCAUUGGAAACAACCAAGCAGCCAUGCAGAUGCAGGCUCAACAGCGGCAGAUGAGCCAACCCGGACAGCAGAUGGCCGCAGCACCGAACAGCGAAUUUGGCCCGUUUUCGAACGUGGAGAGCAUCAUGAACCAGCAGAAGGCAGGAAUGCUGGCCCAGGAGGCUGGGCAGAUGGUGGUGCCGGCGAGCAACGGGCCCGGCCGGAACGCUACUCCUCAGCCUCUGGGUGGUGUGCAGGGCCCCAACCCCGGUAACCAUCCGGGUCCUAACCAAGCCGGUAAUCCUCGCCAGAUACCGCAGCAGUUCACCCACCCUCAGGCUCAGCAACUGAAGAUGGACCAAAUGGCCGCUCAGACGCAGGCACAGAUUAGGGCUCAAGCCCAGGCCAAGCAGGUGCAGGGCCAACCGGGCGGAUUAAACGGUGCCGGCGCCAUAUCACAGAGCCCCGGCAUAAAUACCCUGAACACGCCGGUCCGCCGGACUCCUAUCGGUAUGGGUCAGGCCGAGGGGCAGGCGCAGAUGAACCAGACCGGCGGACCUUUCGGACAAGGUCUGGACCCGCGCUUCAACCAUGGCAACCAGAGGCCGCAGAUGACUGGGAUAGCUGCACUUUCGAGCGUUAACCGCCAGCAUCUCAUGAACGCCAUGCUGUCCCAGAUGCCGCCCGAAUCUCGACAGUUGUUCCUCUCCCUCCCACGGGACAAGGCAGACGAUAUGAUGGCGAAAUGGCUUAGUAACCAGAAUAAGGCGGCCGGCCAGAUGCCCGGACGCGGUCAGCCCCUCCCCGGCCAAUUCGGACAAGGAAAUCCUAUGGCUCAGUUUAACCCGGGGAAUAACGGAGGCCAGCAGCCGCCGAAUCCCGGAAUGCCGAUGAACCAGAACCAGAUGCUGCUUCAGCAGCAGCUAAAUAGGAUGCGAGCUAUGAGUGGACAAAACCGGCCCCCGAUGACUUCCGAUCUCGCCGCGACGAUGGAUUCGAUGGACGUACCGCCGAAGGUAAUGAUGUCGCUAAGGAAUCCCAAUUACUUUCCGGGACUGCCGCAGGAGAUCAAGAAAUGGAUCCAACUGAAGCAGUGGAUCUCUCAGCGAAACGUCGACUCUCGGGUACUCAGUCAAUUGCAACACGCCCAGAAUUACCAGCUCCAGGCUCUGCUCAAGCAGAAUCCCGGCGGGGCCGGCAACCAGAUGUCCCAGCCCAAUAUGUCACCCCAGGGACCACAACCACAGGGUUCUCAGAUGGGCAUCGUGGUUACUCCCCAGGAGUUGCAGACGGCCAAGAACCACGAGAGAUUUAAAGGGAUACCUGACGAGACCAUCAAGAAGAUGCUGAUGCAGAUGAAGAUGAAGGCCAAGGCCAAUGCACAGGCGAUGAACCACAUGCAGACGGCCCAGGCAUCCCAACCGGCCAACGCCAACGUCCCAGCCGCCAUCCAGCCGCCGAACGCCCUUAACAUCUCGCAGCAACGGCAGCAGAAUCCCGGACUCGACGUCAACGGGGCAAACUUUGCCGCUUCCGCGCGAAAUACCAGGCAGCCUCCGAACAAUCGGCCGCCUCAAAUUGCCCCCCCGGCUGCUCCUCAGAAGAAUAGUCUGAAGCGUGCAAGUACAGAUGACUUGGAGGCCCCGAGCCCCUCAAGCAACCCUGCUCAGCGUAGCCUUUCCCAGCAGGCUCAGGCUUCCGCACCUGGAUCGGCGGCUCAACAAGUUCAACUAUCACAUCAGCAGCUAGAGCAAAGACUCAGGUACGAGGCCAUGGCCAAGAGGAGCCAGGCAGGAACCGGGGGAGCUAAUGGCAAUAACGGGCAACCGCUCUCCUUGUCGGAAGAAAUGCAACGCCUCAAAGCCAUCGGACAGGAGGAGCAUCAAAACGCAUCCAAGGAGACGUUCCCAGACAUCCCGAUGAGUCCCGAACAAUACCAAGAUAUGGCCCAGAAGAUCCAGUCGAUAGUCGGAGAGAUGGGCAAGCUCAGCAAAAUCCUAGGCCGGUGGUACAGCCUCAUGCGGCUCCGUCUCAUCCGUCAAUUCGUGGACGGCGAUAAGAUGUCAGUCCUGAAGCCGGCGUUCUCGGUGCGACCCAAAGACUUGGACGGCGUGCGAGGAAUGCUCGAAAGCAUGGCCAAGGACGUGGCGACCCAAUAUCCGCAAGCGUUGAGGAAGAACCCCAACCCGCAACAAAGCGUUACAGAAUCAUCCGGGCCCCAGCAGGGAACGACCGAGCAUACGGUGACACCUCCGACAAACCAGACGGCGCCGUCGAACGCGGCGAACGCGGAAAAGCAACCGCAGACCCUAGGCAAGACGCACCAGCGAACCUCCAGCAGAGGGGGGCAACCACCCGCUGCGCCAACGACCUCGCAGCCUCCGUUCUCCUUUGGCGCGCAGUCUCCUAACGGCCAGCCAACGUAUAUCGGGAAGCCCACCGUCACGCAGGCGGACCUCCACCUGCCGGCGCGGAAGAAGCCCAGGACCGGGCAGUCCGGUCUCGGCUCAGGUGGGGCUAGUGCUAGCUCGUCGCCGCAAGUGCAGAAGAUGCCCUCUCCGGAUAUGGUUAAGCGGCCGGCUCCUACAGAAGUAAAGGCGCCGCCGAAAUUGCAAUACUACUGCCCCGAGUUGAACUGCGAAGCACACGGGAUCGGGUUCGCUACCGAGGAAGCCCAGCGCAACCAUAUCGAAGAAGAGCACGUGAAGCCAAGUCGAAACCCGGUGAAGUACGCGACCGAGAACCUGGCCAACCUGCUCGGGCUCGACUCGAACGGCAAGGUGAAGGCACAGCCGAAGACUCCAGCGACGGCCCCGGGUGCGCCGCCCUCGGCUUCUCCGAUGGCAAAUGACGCGUCGAAGCAAGGACAGACGCCGUCGAGCCGGGCCGAAGCGAUGCCGAUGUCUCGGGAGCCCUCGAUGAAGCGACAGGGCAGCGCGGCAGGCUCUAGGCCUACCGAUCUGGCUAAGUCGCUGGGGGGAAGGGCCGGGACGCCCAAGACGGAUGCCGGGACCAAGGGCGGAGAGAACGCGGCGGCAGCAGCGAAGGCGGAGGAGGGAAUUUCGUCGCAGGCGCCCGGAGCGAACAACAACUGGGCGCUGACGGUUGAUCCGCAAGAUCUUUUCCAGAAGUUGGGAGGUCUCGAAGGCGGCGGCGGGGGUGCGAUCUCGGACAUGAACGUGUACCGGGCGAUAACGCCCAACGAUACGCCGGAAUCUAUCAAGGACAGCGCAUCGUCGGAGCCGAACAGCGACCUCUCGGAUGGGGUGACGCUCAACAUGACGCUGGACAUGGGAUUUGAUUCGUGGCAGCCGUUCGAUAAGGGACAGAACGCCGAUUUUGAUCCGAUCGACGUGGAUAUGGACGGCGUGAACUCGGGCGAGAAUGCCCAAGGGAUCUUUUCGUGGGACGACAUAAUGCAGAAUUUCCAACAACCUUUUGCGUUGGAUACCUCCCUCUACUCAUUAGACACGACAUAG